GUUGUCCUGCGACGUUCCCGUCCUGAGUCUCACGACCAGGCGGAGGCCACCGCGGCAUCUCUUCUGCCUAAAGACUCAGCGUGCAGUGCUCCAACCAAAGCGUCUAAGAGGACCGCCACCUGCGCCUCCAUCAUGCCCGACUUCUCCGGCAACUGGAAGAUCAUCCGAUCCGAAAACUUCGAGGAUUUGCUCAAAGUGCUGGGGGUGAAUGUGAUGCUGAGGAAGAUCGCCGUGGCUGCAGCAUCCAAGCCAGCCGUGGAGAUCAAACAGGAGGGAGAUACUUUCUACAUCAAAACCUCCACCACGGUGCGCACCACGGAGAUCAACUUCAAGAUCGGAGAAGAGUUUGAGGAGCAGACUGUGGACGGGAGGCCCUGUAAGAGCCUGGUGAAGUGGGAGAGUGAGAACAAAAUGGUCUGCGAGCAGAGGCUUCUGAAGGGAGAGGGCCCCAAGACCUCCUGGACCAGGGAGCUGACCAAUGACGGGGAGCUGGUCCUGACCAUGACGGCGGAUGAUGUCGUGUGCACCAGGGUAUACAUCCGAGAGUGAGCGGCCGUGGGUCCAAGAGUUGCCGGAGCGCCCCAGCCCAUGCACCCACGCUCCCAGGCUCCCUGCCCCUCCCCCUUCCUUCUAGGCUAGCUCGCCCCUCACCCCCUCGCUCCCUCUCACCCCCCUCACUCCCCCUCACUUCUGGGGAUGCUGCAAUGCCUCCAGCCAGGCUCUGCCUUGGGGGGUCCCCCUCCAUCUCCCCUCCCCCAACAAAGAGGGAUGGAGAGCAAGAGCCCAGAUCCCCCCUUCCAGAAUCACUCCCCUCCCCAGCCAACAGCCCCGAAGCAGCCCCGAGCAUGGCCUCUGUUUCCGUGAGGGGACCUGAGGGCCCCAGUGGGAAAGACGGCCCUCUGGCUUCCGCUCUUUGUCCCUGUAGUCUACACAGUGUAGAAUAUUUAUUGGUUAAUUUUAUUAAAAUGUUUUAAAAAAUA